AAGCCCGCCCACGUCUAGAGGAUCGGUAUAAGAAGCGACUCAGGGGACUGUGUGCGUUACUGGAUCUGUGAAAGUCAAGAAGAGAGGAUGCCUACGUCACAAACUGGAUUUGGUGAUUUCUUUCUUGGGAGGAACGCCAGCAUGCCGCCAGGAUAUCAGAUGUCAGUUCUGGGGUGCCCACCCGGGGUGCAGCCACCUCCUCAUUUCGCGGCCAUCGCCGGUGUCCCUUUGACUUACCCGGGACUUCAGGGGUACAAUUUUAUCCCAUAUCCUCACUCCAGACACAUGGGGCACAUGAACAAUUCAUAUGAUGUGAAAGCUGCUCCCCCAUUCCAUCCGGGACUGCUGGGCAGAGGCGCAUCGUUUUAUUCCCCUUACCGGCCAGUGGCGACAGAUGACCCCAGCAGGGUUGCCAAGGUGGCCACUCGCGAGAGCACCAGCGCGCUGAAGGCGUGGUUGAACGAACACCUGAAAAACCCCUAUCCUACAAAGGGCGAGAAGAUCAUGCUAGCCAUCGUGACAAAGAUGAGCCUUACGCAGGUGUCCACCUGGUUCGCCAACGCCAGACGACGUCUGAAGAAAGAGAACCGGGUGAGCUGGGCGUCAAAGGGGAAAUCCGAUGAAGAAGAGGAGGACAGCGAAGAGGAAUGCUCAACCCAGAAAGGUCAGGUUUCCGAUGACGAAGACGAAAUUGACCCACAGACAGUAGAUGAAGAGGUGGAGAUCGGAGUCACUGGCUCCGAUGGUGCGCCCCGGCCCGUGGAUGUGCAGUUAUCUCAAGGAAUUGGUGACAUGCAGACAGAAACUCCGGCCGCAAACUCCACAUGUGAAACAGACGGUCAGAAGAAAGUGGAAUCUGGCUCAGGUAAAAUGGAAUGCAAGGGAAAUACAGACCCCCAAAAGCCCAAAAUCUGGUCUCUCGCGGAGACUGCAACCUCGGACAUUGGGAAAAAACCCCACGAAUGGGGUCACGGUCAACAAAACGAUAACAAGUGGUGGGUUCACUGGGCAUCUAGAAAUGGACAAUUUUUUCCUAUCAGCCAAACUACACAAGAUAUGUUGAGGCAGAGCGUUUCCAGAGACUUGAACUGUUGACAAGCAAUUUUGGGGAAAACAUCGCACUUUCAUUUUCAAAAUUUAGCAGAUUUCGUGGAAGUAAUGCACACGUUGGCAGACGCGUGUGUUAUGGGAUCUCCUGCAAUAUGUGGUUUAAAACCAAAGAUUCUUGAACACAUUCAGGUUUGUGUAAAUAUUUGUAUAAAGUCUAUUUUGUUGAGCGUGUUUGUAAAUUAUAAGCUGGUUCCACAGAAAACACAAGCAUAUUUUCAUAAUAAAGUCUUCGAU